CGCGGCUCCGCUCUCACCCUCUUCCACUCCACCCCUACCCGGCCUUCUCGCUCCCUUUCCAGGUCACAAAACUCCCCACUCCGGUUCCUCAAGAGCGCCUCCUCCCUCCCAGUUCCAAGUUCAAACCGGAACUGGAAGUUAGGUGGGCGGGGCCCGGCGACGGAAAGCGCUGAGGAGCCGAAGCCGGGACUCGGCGGUGGCCCGGGUCGGUCCCGCGCCACGGAGCGCCGGGCGGCGGGGCUGCGGGGCUCCGGGCUGAAGGGCGGUGCGCGGGCCGGAGGGCGUGCGCGGCCCCCCGGGCGCCGCGGGGGAUCAUGUCGACAGCAUCCGCCGCCUCGUCGUCCUCCUCGUCUUCUGCCAGUGAGAUGAUCGAAGCGCCAUCGCAGGUCCUUAACUUCGAAGAGAUCGACUACAAGGAGAUCGAGGUGGAAGAGGUUGUCGGAAGAGGAGCUUUUGGAGUAGUUUGCAAAGCUAAAUGGAGAGCAAAAGAUGUUGCUAUUAAACAGAUAGAAAGUGAAUCUGAGAGGAAGGCUUUCAUUGUGGAGCUCCGGCAGUUGUCACGUGUGAACCAUCCUAAUAUUGUAAAGUUGUAUGGAGCCUGCUUGAAUCCAGUAUGUCUUGUGAUGGAAUAUGCAGAGGGAGGCUCGUUGUAUAAUGUGCUGCAUGGUGCUGAACCAUUGCCUUACUACACUGCUGCUCAUGCCAUGAGUUGGUGUUUACAGUGUUCCCAAGGAGUGGCUUAUCUGCACAGCAUGCAGCCCAAAGCUCUAAUUCACAGGGACCUCAAGCCUCCAAACUUGCUGCUGGUUGCAGGAGGGACAGUUCUAAAAAUCUGCGAUUUUGGUACAGCUUGUGACAUCCAGACACACAUGACCAAUAAUAAAGGGAGUGCCGCGUGGAUGGCGCCCGAAGUGUUUGAAGGUAGCAAUUACAGUGAAAAGUGCGAUGUCUUCAGCUGGGGUAUUAUCCUUUGGGAAGUGAUAACACGCCGGAAACCCUUUGAUGAGAUUGGUGGCCCAGCUUUCAGAAUCAUGUGGGCUGUUCAUAAUGGCACUCGACCACCGCUGAUCAAAAAUUUACCUAAGCCCAUUGAGAGCUUGAUGACCCGCUGUUGGUCCAAGGACCCUUCUCAGCGCCCUUCAAUGGAGGAAAUUGUGAAAAUAAUGACUCACUUGAUGCGGUACUUCCCAGGAGCAGAUGAGCCGUUACAGUAUCCUUGUCAGUACUCUGACGAAGGGCAGAGCAACUCAGCCACCAGCACAGGCUCAUUCAUGGACAUUGCUUCUACAAAUACCAGUAAUAAAAGUGACACAAAUAUGGAGCAAGUUCCUGCCACAAACGACACUAUUAAACGCUUGGAAUCAAAACUGUUGAAAAACCAGGCAAAGCAACAGAGUGACUCUGGACGCCUGAGCUUGGGAGCCUCUCGUGGGAGCAGUGUGGAGAGCUUGCCCCCAACGUCUGAGGGCAAGAGAAUGAGUGCUGACAUGUCUGAAAUAGAAGCGAGGAUCGUGGCAACUGCAGCCUAUUCCAAGCCUAAACGGGGCCACCGUAAAACCGCUUCAUUUGGCAACAUUCUGGAUGUCCCUGAGAUCGUCAUAUCAGGCAACGGGCAACCAAGGCGUAGAUCCAUCCAAGAUUUGACUGUUACUGGAACAGAACCUGGUCAGGUGAGCAGUAGGUCAUCCAGCCCCAGUGUCAGAAUGAUCGCUACCUCAGGACCAACCUCAGAGAAGCCAGCUCGAAGUCAUCCUUGGACCCCUGAUGAUUCCACAGAUACCAAUGGCUCAGAUAACUCCAUCCCGAUGGCGUAUCUUACACUGGAUCACCAACUACAGCCUCUAGCACCGUGCCCAAACUCCAAGGAAUCCAUGGCAGUGUUCGAACAGCAUUGUAAAAUGGCCCAGGAGUAUAUGAAAGUUCAAACUGAAAUCGCAUUGUUACUACAGAGAAAGCAAGAACUAGUUGCAGAAUUGGACCAGGAUGAAAAGGACCAGCAAAAUACAUCUCGUCUGGUACAAGAACAUAAAAAGCUUUUAGAUGAAAACAAAAGCCUUUCUACUUAUUACCAGCAAUGCAAAAAACAACUAGAGGUCAUCAGAAGCCAGCAGCAGAAACGGCAAGGCACUUCAUGAUUCUCUGGGACCUUUCAAUUUUAAAAUAUGCAAAGACCUUUUUUUAAAGAAAAGACAAACCAUUAUAACAGUUCAUGAGUGUUAGCUUUUCGGCGUGUUCUGAAUGCCAAAUGCCUCUAUUUGCUGCAUUUGUUAUGUCAGUUCUUUUUCUUCUUAUGGUGGAUAUAAAAUCCACUGUCUUGUUGCAUCAGACGAUAGCACCUGUGGCUUGGGGAGGCAAGAGUUCUCAGCUCAGAGCACAUGAAGUGAACUUGGCUGUAUAUGCAUGCUUCUAGUGUGAGCUACCUGACAGGUGGGGUAUCACACUGGCUACUGUGUGCAAGCUUCGUCCUUUCUCUGUAGUAAAAGGUGGGACCUCAAAAAUUUUCUUCAUAGUGCUCAUCUCAAAAAUAUGGUAUUUCCCCUAUAGAUGGUAUGCACCAAUGUAAAGACAGGGUAUUAAAAUAACUGGUGGUACACUACAGAGGGACAGAACGUUAAGGCUGAGUUCAAGACAGGGUUUGUGCCCACACAUCCUGGUCAAUACUAACUGUAGUCCCACCAGUUAAUGUUAAAGGUAAGUGUGGCAGCUGUGUUAAUGGAAGACAGUUUACUGGUUGUCAUGAGGCCGAGCGUCGCCUGUGAGACACUGAAUGACAUGCUCUUUUCUACACCCUUCUCGGUUUCAAUUCUGUGUGAAAACAGAAGCUUUUCUGACUUUUAAUAUUAGUAGCAGAUGAAAUUGAAAGAUCAUGAUGAAACUUCAAUGAUCCUUCUUGUAACAGUUACUGAAUUGUUUUAUGAUAUAUUUGAAGAAAAUUGAAAAAUAAUGGAAACACAAAUAAUUGGCCUAGCUAAAAAAGGCUUGAGCUUAGAUAUUUUAUGUGUCUGUUAUACCAAAUAAGGAACAAAGCAGGCAAAUCAGAAGACCCAAAAAAGGAAGAUAAAAGAGUCAAAUUAAACCUACUUUUUGUAGCUAUUUGGAGGAUUUGUUUCCUCUGAAGUCAUUUCUGGAAUGCCUGCUGCCUUCCCAUGCUUUUAAGAGAAUUUGAACACUUACAAAGAGAAUAUUUAUAUUGUUAACAAUAAGUUUACUACCAGCCUUCAAAAUAACUUAAAUGUAAUAAUAAAAUGCCAUUAAAAA